AGCCACACACGCUCUACAUGAAGAAAUCCACGGUUCACAUGAGCAAUUGUAAAUUGCUUAUCUACGCUCUCCAUAGCAAAUGUCAACAGCUCACAUCCUUUCAGAGUCUAAGACAAAAUGGAGGCAUGUAAUACCUGGAUCGCCAUAAUCUUCAUUCUAGUAGCUGGAACUGUACCCAGCAUCAAGGCGGAAUGUGAAGACUACAGUCCAUGCACUUGUGGUCAGAACGCUGAAGGCAAUUUGUAUAUCAACUGCAUCGAUGUCUUACCAACAGAUAUUCAAGCUGCUUUUAGCAGAACGAUUGCUCCCGAUAUCUACAACUUGGUGAUGAUCCUUCCAGCAUCCGGAGGAGAUAUUCCAGCCGAUUUGUUAUCCGGCAAACGCGUUCUUUUAAUCGAUAUAAUUGGCCCAAGCAGAGAUUCUUUUCAACUUGUUAUGGACCCCGGUGCCCUUCGUUCUUCCAGCAGUUACACCAAGCAGCUGGUCAUCUCUAAAUGCAACCUGAUCCAGCUAGACUUUUCUUUUUUGCGGGGCUUUUCGAGAUUGGAAGAACUUCGUUUGGACUCUGUUUCCAACAUUAAACCCAUUGAAAAUCUUCCUCCAUUGGCAAAUUUGGUUGGAUUAGCAAUUGAUAAUAGCCAGGGAUUUGAAGCUUUAACAAGCUUCCCCGCUGUGGCAUUUUCCCGACUCAAUCACCUCUACUUAUAUAAUGAUGCGUUAAAUGAUUUGGCAACCGGAAUUAUAUUAAAUGCUUUCGUUUCCAGCUUAUCGGCCAACACCUUAGAAGUGCUGACUUUAUCGAAAAACAUGAUUACUCAAGUCCCACAACAGGUCACUGCGCUACCCAGCCUUCUAAAUUUUGCAUUAAACAAUAAUAAUAUUACGUUAAUCACCACCGGUGCACUUUCGUUGGUUGCUCCGAGGAAAGUUUACCUCAACAAUAUGUCUUUGGACGCAAUUGAAGCUGAUGCUUUUCAAGGAGAUUACAGCUAUGCCGAAAUCGAUUUGACCAACAACAAUCUUGUUUCCUUUGAUUACUUGGUUUUCCAGCCCAUUUUGACACAGAUGGCUGGCAUAGCAAAUUCCACUGGCACUAUCUACCUUGUGAACAAUCCCUUUUCUUGUGACUGUGGACUAGCGUGGCUCAUUCGUGACAAUCCAAAUCUUCUCAAAGCUACAAGUGGAGCAACAUGUGCCAAUACCACCAGCUUCGGAGAUUUGAACCCUGGUGGCUACCUUGAUUGUUGAGCAUUUUAAAAGAAACCUAAAAACAGACACUUUAUUCCAG